AACUGGCCUUUUCUUCUCUUAUUUUUCUUCUCUCCUCUACGCUGACCCGAUGGUGUUCAGAUCCCCGCUAGAGCUCUUUCCCGCCCAUUUCCUCCUGCCCGGCAUGCUCUUACCGGAGGAACCCCCUGCUUGCGCACCUGCCUCUGCUCUACCUGGGCUCCGUUUCUCCGCGGCGCAGGUGGCCGGUGUGUGUGAGACUCUGGAGGAGACCGGGGACGUCGAGCGGCUCGCGCGGUUUCUGUGGUCCCUGCCGGUGGCCCCAGGUGGCGCGUGCUUCAUUACAGAGCAUGAGUCCGUCCGGAGGGCGCGUGCCGUGGUCGCCUUUCACACCGGGAACUACCGCGAACUCUACUGCAUCCUGGAGAACCACAGCUUUAUGCGCCGCGCCUCGCACGGUAAACUACAGGCCAUGUGGCUCGAGGCGCACUACCGGGAGGCUGAGAGGCUGCGCGGGCGGUCGUUGGGCCCGGUGGACAAGUACCGUAUCAGGAAGAAGUUCCCUUUACCAAGAACCAUCUGGGACGGCGAGACGAACACACACUGCUUCAAGGAGCGGACGCGGGGCCUGCUGAGGGAACGGUACCUCCAGGACCCCUACCCAGACCCCGCGAGGAAAAGGGAGCUGGCGCGCGCCACCGGGCUCACUCCAACACAGGUCGGGAACUGGUUCAAGAACCGGAGACAGAGAGACCGCGCAGCCGCCAACAAGAACAGGCUCGCGCACCACGGGAUGCGACCGGGAGCCAUGCUCGCUCUGGCCAGGACAGAAUGCAGCCCCACCGGAAGUGCAUGCAGCCCGGAGAUGAUCCUCUCGGUAAUGGACAGCGACUCUGACUUUGACAUCUGAAACUGCCCAUUGAUAACAUGCUACUAAGGGGCUUGGAUUUCACAGAGAAUUCAUAUGGACAUAUUUAUUUUUAUGUUAUAAGAGUUUUCUGUCUGAAAUAGACCUACAUGAUAUUUACAAUGUGCAGAACAUCCAUCUCUUGUUCUCUCUCUCUUCUGAUGCUUUUCUGACAAUCAUGGUGUUUAGUGCACCUUCCUAGUCUGUCUAUCUGUAAAUAAAUUAUUCACCUGAUGUCAGGAAAAUUGUACAGAUGGUCCUUUGAAGCACUGUAAAGGCCUGUUUGUUGGUUUAUAAUUGACAAAUAUGUACUUUAUGAAAAUAAAUGUGAAGU